AUGGUGAUGUGGAUCUACAAACGAGACGGUCGAAAAGAACCUGUCGCGUUUGACAAAGUCACCGCUCGUAUAAAUAAGCUCUCAUAUGGUCUCGAUCCCAACUUUGUCGAACCUGCAGAGAUCACUCAAAAAGUCAUUGUUGGUAUCCAUGCCGGUAUCACCACUGUCGAACUCGAUAACCUCGCCGCGGAGACUGCUGCCUACCUCACUACCAAACACCCGGAUUACGCCAUUCUCGCUGCCCGAAUUGCCAUCUCCAACUUGCACAAGGAGACCAAGAAACACUUUUCAUCGGUCAUCCAAGACUUGUACGAAUGGGUCAACCCCAAAACUGGCAAACAUGCCCCUAUGAUUGCCGAUGACGUUUACAAGAUCGUCAUGGACAACAAGGAGACCCUCGACUCUGCCAUCAUCUACGACAGAGAUUUCGCUUACAACUACUUUGGUUUCAAGACUCUUGAAAGAUCUUAUCUCCUUCGAGUUGACGGCAAGAUCGUUGAGCGACCACAACAUAUGAUCAUGCGAGUGGCUGUCGGUAUCCACGGCGCAAAGCUCGACAAGGUCAUCGAGACGUAUAAUCUCAUGUCUGAGCGAUACUUUACGCACGCUUCUCCUACUCUCUUCAACUCUGGUACCCCACACGCUCAAAUGUCAUCUUGUUUCCUCGUCGCCAUGCGAGACGACUCGAUUGAUGGUAUCUACGACACUCUCAAGACCUGUGCUCAAAUCUCCAAAACCGCUGGUGGUAUCGGUCUUCAUAUCCACAACAUCCGAGCCAAAGGUGCUUACAUCGCCGGUACCAACGGUUACUCCAACGGUAUCGUUCCUAUGCUCCGAGCUUACGAUGCCACUGCUCGAUACGUUGACCAAGGUGGUAACAAACGACCCGGUGCUUUCGCCAUCUACCUCGAACCAUGGCACGCCGAUGUUUUCGAUUUCCUCGAUUUGAGAAAGAACCACGGAAAGGAAGAAGUUCGUGCCCGAGAUCUUUUCUACGCUCUCUGGAUCCCCGAUCUCUUUAUGAAAAGGGUAGAGCAAGACGGUGAAUGGACUCUUAUGUGUCCUUCUGAAUGCCCUGGUCUCGCCGAUGUCCACUCUGAAAAGUUCGAGGAGUUGUACGAAGGUUACGAGAAAGCCGGUAAAGGUCGAAAGACCAUCAAAGCUCAAAAGCUUUGGUUCGCCAUUCUCGAAGCUCAAACAGAAACGGGUGGUCCCUUUAUGCUUUACAAAGAUGCCGCCAACGCCAAAUCCAAUCAACAACAUUUGGGUACCAUCAAAUCAUCCAACUUGUGUACCGAAAUUAUCGAAUAUUCUGCUCCUGAUGAGGUCGCUGUUUGUAAUCUCGCUUCUCUCGCUCUUCCCGCUUUCGUCGAUCUUGAGAAGAGAGUUUACGACUUUAAGAAGCUUCACGAGAUUACCAAGGUAGUAACCAAGAACUUGGAUCAGGUUAUCGCUCGAAAUUACUACCCCGUUCCCGAAGCACGAAACUCCAACAUGAGACACAGACCAGUGGGUCUGGGUGUCCAAGGUCUUGCCGAUGCGUUCAUGGCUUUGCGGAUGCCUUUUGAUUCACCUGCCGCUCGAGAGCUCAACAUUCAAAUCUUCGAGACUAUCUACCAUGCCGCCUUGGAAUCAUCGUGUGAGAUGGCUGAGGAGCUCGGCAAGUACCCUUCUUACGAAGGUUCCCCUAUCUCUCAAGGUAAACUCCAACCCGAUUUAUGGGGUCGAACUCCUACCGACCUUUGGGAUUGGACAACUCUCCGAGCCAACAUCGCCAAGCACGGUGUCAGAAACUCUCUAUUGGUCGCUCCUAUGCCUACCGCUUCUACUUCUCAAAUCUUGGGAUGGAACGAAUGUUUCGAGCCUUACACUUCAAUGCUUUACGCUCGACGAGUACUCUCCGGUGACUUCCAAGUCGUAUGUCCUUGGUUGCUCCGAGAUCUCAUUAAUCUCGGUUUAUGGGAUGAUAACAUGAAGAACCUCAUCAUCGCCGCUGGUGGAUCCAUUCAAAACAUCCCCAACAUCCCUGCUGAACUCAAAGCUAUCUACAAGACUGUUUGGGAGAUCUCACAAAAGGCAGUCAUUGAUCUUGCCGCUGAUCGAGGAGCUUUCAUUGAUCAAUCUCAAUCACUCAACAUUCACCUUUCCAACCCAUCUUUCUCUCAACUGACCUCCAUGCACUUUUACGGAUGGAAGCGAGGACUCAAGACUGGUAUCUACUAUCUUCGUACUCGACCUUCAGCCAAUGCCAUUCAAUUCACCAUUGACGCAUCGACUCUUAAACAAGCUAAAUCCCAAGCUGCAGAGGGAAAGAAAGCACCCACCCCUUCCGCUGAAUCAUUGGUCGCUCCAAUGCGACAGGUUAGAAUCGCUACUACAGCUUCAGCAUCAGCUGCCGCAGCUCCUGCACCUAUAACUCCGGUUGAGAGUCGAUCUGAUUCACCUAAACCCAGUGAAGAGGAGGAAAUCACUUAUGAAGAAGCCAAGAGACGGGCCGAGGAACGAGCUGAAGCUGCUUUGCAAUGUUCAAUCGAGAACAAAGAUGCUUGUUUGAUGUGUUCUGGAUAG